AUGAAUUAUUAAACAGAUUAGUUUACAAAUACCAAAGCCUAAUUUUCAAAAAUAACUGUAACCUAAGUUCUUGAACAUCUACAUAAUUGUCGAUUUCCUACAACUGAACCUGAAACGAAUUAAUUCAUCCAAAAUUAUAAGGUAGUAUAGCUACAAUAUUCAGUCAGCCUUUAAUUAUAGAGGAUUACGAGGAUUUGAUAAAUAGUCCCAAUUUUACAAUCAUUUUUGAAAAACAAAACCUCUUUUACGGUAUUGUAAUAAAUGGUAAGAAGAAUGGACUUGGAGUUCAAUUUAAAAAUCAAAAAAGCAUUUUUGAAGGUGUUUGGAUAGAUAAUUAGAAAAAUGGAAGAGGUAUUGAGCUAUUUUUUAAUGGCUCUUACUAUUUUGGAUAGUAUUAAGAUGGAAAACCUGAAGGCUUUGGGAAAUUUUAAUGGCAAAACGAUGAAACUUAUGAAGGAUAAUGGUUUUAAGGAAAGAAACAUGGUUCUGGUAUUUGGAAAGGAUCUAAAGGAGAUUCCUAUAUUGGAGAAUGGAAAAUGGGAGUUCCUGAUGGUUAUGGAGUGCAUCAAUGGAUUAAUGGUGAUCGUUAUGAAGGAGAAUUCAAAAAUUAUUUAAAGGAUGGUUAUGGAACUGAAAAAUUCAUUAAUGGAGAUACUUAUAUAGGAUAAUAUGAAAAAGGUAAGCCGAAUGGAAUUGGAGAAUAUUUUUGGAAUAAUGGAGCUGUUUAUAAAGGAGAAUUUAAAGAUGGAUUAAGACAUGGAAAAGGAAUUUGGAAAAGAGGAAAUGGAUUAUCAGAUUCUUAUAAAGGAGAUUAUUAAAAUGAUUUGAAAUAAGGAUAUGGUAUUUAUUCAUGGGCUGAUGGAAAUCGUUAUGAGGGAUCAUUCUCGAAUGAUUUAAGAGAUGGUUAAGGUAAUAUGUAUUGGAAUGAUGGUUCUUUUUAUUAAGGGUAAUGGAAAUAAGGAAUUUAAGAUGGUUAAGGAAUCUUAUCACUUAAUUAAGAACUUAUUAAAGGAAUUUUUUAUGGAACUAAAGUCAUAGAAAUUAUUGAAAAUACCUAAUUACAUACAAAUUUAAUAAAAAAUAAAAUUCCUCAACUUGAAACUAAUUCAAGAUAAACAUCAUAUUCAACAGAUGAUUAUCGUCAGAAUCAAAAUUAUUCGUUAAUGGAUAAAAGAAAAAAUUCUACUGAAUAUAGUACAAAAGUAAAUUCAUUUACUCAAACUUACAGAGAUUCCAAUUCUAUAGAAUCAAGAUUGUAAAAUAUACAAGCUACAAAGAAAACAGGUGUAAUCAACUCAAAAUUAUUGAAUUAAAUAAAUUUAAGAUUUCCAAAAAUGCAGCAAGAGUAAUCCAAUAAAUAAAAAGUAUAGAAAAAAUUGUGGAAACCUACAGGAGUCCCAUAAAAUGUUAAAUUUUGA